CCCUAACGCCUUAUGCCACGAAAAGUGUAUCACGGCUUCUAGCUUAUGCAUAGUGUUAAAUUCGUUAAUGGCUCCGAACAAGAAAACCAAAUCGAAGGCCAAUGUGGCCGACUCAACUCAGCCUCAAUCCAAUUUUCCGGGUUGUCUCCGUGCGGUUCCUCCAUCAUCCGUAGCCAUAUCGAUCCACGCCAAGCCUGGUUCCAAAGUCGCAACAGUCACUGAUAUAAGCGACGAGGCAUUAGGAGUGCAGAUUGAUGCCCCAGCUAAAGACGGUGAAGCUAAUGCCGCACUUCUUGAUUAUAUUAGCUCGGUGCUUGGGGUUAAAAAACGGCAAGUUUCAAUAGGUUCUGGCUCAAAGUCGAGGGACAAGGUUGUGAUAAUAGAAGAGGUAACUGUAGAGAGUGUAUUUAAUGCUCUCAAUAAAGUUCUAAAAACCCCCUGAUGGGAUAUGGGAAAUGUAAAUUAUUAUUUGAUACUCCAUUUACCAUACAACUACAAUGCCCUUUCCAGUUUCUUCUAAAUUACUAUGCAACAAGUUGCCUGGGAAAGUUUCUAAUGUUUA